UUUCUCACUAAUGUUUCAUUCCGGUGAGUGCGGGCACGAAAUCGUCCAUUUUGCUGAAAUCUAUAACGGAAAAAUGGAAGUUGGAGAAUAUUAGAGGGACCAUUUUUCUAAUUUUGCGAAUCAGUUAGAAAAAACGCAGUCCUCGUAGGCGUUAAGCGGGAUACUUUCAACCAUAUUUUCUUGACGACGAACGCAGGCUCAUAUUCAUUAGUUCGCCGGAGGUCGGAAAGCGAAUCCCGGUACGGAUAUUGGACGAGAUCCACAACGCAGCCAUGGUUUUUGUGGGGAAGAUCAAAUCCAUCGAUUUUUUCAGGAAAAUUCCAAGCGAUUUGACAGAGGCAUCACUUUCAGGUGCUGGGAUAUCCAUUAUGGCAGCUUUCUCUAUGAUGUUUCUAUUUGGAAUGGAGCUACAGAAUUAUUUGACCAUGAGUACUACAACUUCUGUCAUAGUUGACCAAAGUUCUGACUCGGAGUUCUUACUCAUUGGUUUUAAUAUGAGUUUUCCCGCUUUAUCAUGUGAGUUUGCAUCUCUGGAUGUGAGUGAUGUAUUGGGAACGAACAGGUUGAAUGUAAGUAAAACAAUACGCAAGUAUUCCAUCAAUAAGCAUCUGCAAACCAAAGGCCCUGAAUUUGACUCCACACCAGUUUCUACUGUAAUUAAGCAUGAUGAUAAGGUCCACCAGGAAUACAGUGAAGGAUCCGUGACACUAAAUUCAAAUAAUUUUGAUAAAAUUUCUCGUCAGCAUGCGAUUUUGGCUGUAAAUUUCUUUGCUCCCUGGUGCUAUUGGAGUAGUCGUUUGACACCCUCGUGGGAGAAAGCAGCUGAUAUUAUAAGGGAAAGACAUAAUCCAGAAACAGAUGGGCGUAUCAUCCUGGGAAAGGUCGACUGCACUAAAGAAACUCAACUUUGUAGAAGCCAUCACAUACAAGGUUAUCCAUCUAUUCGCAUCUUCCGUAAGGGAAGUGAUACUCGGGAUCCGAAAAGACACCACAAUCAUGAAUCAUAUUAUGGAGACCGGGAUACAGAUAGCUUGGUAAAGGCAAUGGAAAACCUGAUUGAACCUAUUGAAUUGGAGUCCAAAAAACAUGCCAAGGUUACUGUUGAAGCAAAAAGACCAGCACCACAGGCAGCAGGAUGUAGGAUUGAAGGAUUUGUACGAGUUAAAAAGGUUCCGGGAAAUAUUAUAAUAUCAGCCCGAUCAGAAUCCCACUCAUUUGAUGCUUCCCAAAUGAACAUGUCACAUGUGAUUUCUAGUUUUACUUUCGGUAAAAAGGUCACUCCAAAAAUGAUGAGUGAUCUUAAGCGACUUCGACCUUACAUUGAAAACCAUGACAAGUUGGCUGGCAACUCCUACAUCAACACAGGCGACAAGGCAAAUGUUACGAUAGAGCACUAUCUUCAAGUUGUCAAAACUGAGAUGAUGAGUUCAUCUCAUCAGUUGAUCGAGGAUUACGAGUACACUGCUCAUAGUAGUUCGGUUCACGCGCUUACAAUCCCUGUUGCAAAGUUUCAUUUUGAACCCUCGCCUAUGCAGAUCUUAAUAACAGAAAUUCCGAAAUCGUUUCCUCAUUUCAUCACCAACCUCUGUGCAAUUAUCGGCGGCAUUUUCACGGAAGUACAAACUGAAAAAUUAAAGCCUGCUGAUUGGGAAUGUGAAAUUACUUUUCUAUCCUUGAUUUUUUUUUCUUGUUUGCCGUUGCGUGUCAUGUCAGGUUGCUGGGAUAUUGGAUUCGCUUUUGCACAACACAAUGAGAUUGGUGAAAAAAAUUGAACUGGGGAAAGACUUUUAGCCUUUGAUACAACUCAUUUUCUUGACUUUGGAGGCUUUUUGGUUUCUUCAUAUCUGUUUUAUCUGGCCAUCUUACUUCCUUAAGAAGUAUUUUUUGCUUGUAGAUACAUAAAACUUGUAUCCGUUAAGAGAGAAUUGAAGGUGGUCAAAAUUUAUUUAAAUAAAUGAGAAGUCGAGUCUUUUGAAUACACCUUGUACUGAUGUUAAUUGUAAAUAUGAAACGACAAUCUACUCAAAAUGAUAGUUCGCUUUAAUUUAGUAAAUGGGAACAACAAAUGUCUAUAUAUAUAUA